UGGAGGGAAACCCUGGAGCAGGGAAACGACUUCGCUCGGCUGGCCUGGGAUGUAAACACUUGCCUAAAAAUGAUGAACAUAGAGCACGAGGCUUUCUGCAAGCUCCGCCGCUCCAUGCACCCCACCUCGCCUGCUGACAUCGAUCCUAAGGUCCACAGCAUCGUGGAGAGAGCUGUGAGGAGCAUUCUGGGCGAGCAGUCCAAUGAGCCCCGUAGCAACCUGCUCAGCCCAUCUCAGUUGGUGGUGGAGGUGGUGCCCAGGCUCCUCCUGGCCCUGUGGUUUCAGCCAGAGGAAUGCCAUUCAGAGCACCCGAUCCUUAUAAGUGGGAUGGCCGUAGGCAUGGUGGCGGCCGUAGUGGAGAAGCUCUCCUGCAUGUUAAAGGACCCUUCCCCUCACAUCCCUUUCUCCCGGGCUGCUGCUUUUGACUCUGUGCGGUCAAUCCUCGGGAGAAUCAGUCAGUCCUUCUCCACCGAUGACCUGCAGAGCCCUUUUUAUAUGAGCGCUGUCUGUGCCUUUGUGGCGGACGAGGUGCAGAGCUGCUUCCAGCCCCCUGCAGCCACCCUACCAGUCCCCCCUGUCCUCGUGGUGGGCGUUUCCACCACAUUACCAGCUGACAUCCAAGCAGACCCGGCUUCUUCCCACCUGGAGGUUGAGGACAUCACCCAUAACACAGAGGCAGACCCAGCAUCUUCCCACCUGGAGGUUGAGGACAUCACCACUAACACAGAGGCAGACCCGGCAUCUUCCCACCUGGAAGUUGAGGACAUCACCACUAACACAGAGGCAGAUCCGGCUUCUUCCCACCUGGAGGUUGAGGACAUCACCACUAACACAGAGGCAGAUCCGGCUUCUUCCCACCUGGAGGUUGAGGACAUCACCACUAACACAGAGGCAGACCCGGCAUCUUCCCACCUGGAGGUUGAGGACAUCACCACUAACACAGAGGCAGAUCCGGCUUCUUCCCACCUGGAGGUUGAGGACAUCACCACUAACACAGAGGCAGACCCGGCAUCUUCCCACCUGGAGGUUGAGGACAUCACCACUGACACAGAGGCAGACCCGGCAUCUUCCCACCUGGAGGUUGAGGACAUCACCCCUAAGACAGAGGCAGAUCCGGCUUCCUCCCACCUGGAGUUUGAGGAGAUCACACCUAAGACAGAGGCAGAUCCGGCUUCUUCCCACCUGGAGGUUGUGGACAUCACCACUAACACAGAGGCAGAUCCGGGUUCUUCCCACCUGGAUGUUCAAGACAUCACCCCUAAUACAGAGGCAGAGCCCAUCUCUUCCCUCUUGGAGGUUGUGGACGUCACACCUGAAGAAAGGACUCUCACGAUGGCCGUCUUCGCCACUCUGCCAGCUGACAUCCAAGCAGAGGAUGUUGCUGUGGUCACCCCGGAUGUCACCCCACACGUCACCAAGGAUGUGACACUGGAUGUUCCAUGCAGAGCUAGGAAAGGGGCAGUCCGGCGAUUAUUUUGCAGGCUUUGGAGGGCAGUGUGCUGCUGCGCCUGCCACAAGGAAGAGGAGGAACAAUAUUAAUUAUUCAUCACACCUGUAGAAAAGGGAUUGAACCAUAGACCAUUAAAUUAUUCGCAUUUUAAUUGAACUAAGUUCUGCUUUUCUUCUGUUUACUACUUAAUUUCAGAACUUUUCUAUAAACUUUCACUUUGCAAGUGUGGAUUAGGUUGUGUAAAUAAGUGGGAAACAUCCCAAUUUUAAUGCUUUGAAUAAUUUACUUUGUACAUUAAAAAAAAAAGUAUUAUUUGACAAUAAAAAAACGGAGGGCGCUCAACCAACUUUCAGUUGAAGUGCAACCAAAAAUUUGAAUCAUCAUAGAAAAGGAAAAAGCCCAACUCUUGUUCACUAUAAAAAAAAAAUGCAUUGUUUUAUUCAAGCAAGGUUAAAAGAUUAACGUUUCGGCCUAGUCUAUGAUGAUAUGCAAGUUGUGUUUGCCCAGUAAAAGGGUGACCCAGACUCACCCUGGUUCUUGAGGGUUGAAGACAGUGAAAAAUGAUCAUUAA